AUGAACUCAUCAACUAAUCCUAGCAAUCAACCCAAUCUAAUCAUUCAUUCAUUACCAAACCAAAAACCAAGAUCAUCAUCAUCACAUUCAUUAAAGACCAGCAAUUCGAAUCAACCGAAUAGAUUAUUAAACUUACCUAAUCAUUUGUUUAAAUUAAAAUUAAAAUCAAAUCAUCAUCAAACUGAAGAUCAAAGAUUACAAGAAAAAGAAGAUCAAAGAUCACUUCAUACAGCAGUUUCUCAACUUGGAUCGAAUUAUGAAACAGCUCAAUCUCAAAAUGAUCAUCAGAUUCAACCAUCAUCUAAUCAACUUUGGCCAAUCUUACCCAAACCAUUUGUUUAUCCUCAAUCAAAUCAAAACGAUCAAUUCUUUCAUCCAAACUCAAUUCAAUCUACUUCAAAUCUUCAAAUCUUAAAACAAGAUAUCCCUCUAAGCACUUCAGAUUGGACUACUUCAUUAGGUAUCGAUUUGAAUCCAAAAAUCAAACAUUCUACUUCUACUUCUACUUCUUCUUCUAAAUCUUCAACUUCUUUUCAUCAACUCAGUCCACGAUCAAAUCAUUUCAAACUCAACAAAUCAAAACACAAAUCUACUUCACAGCAUAAAAGGAAAUCAUCAGUUUAUAAAUCAAAUUCAGUUUAUACUACUUAUACUACUUCUAAUCCAUCUCAUCGGACUCCAAAGCAGUUAAUCAUUCAAAACUCUUCACGACCCAACACUGGUUCAUCCACUUUGACUCAUUCAUCAGCUAGUACGAACCGAUUAAGGAAAACACCUUCUUCAGGUUUCAGUCCGAUCAUCUCAUCCAAUCAACCUUCUAUUCCAUCCAAACGGAUCAUCAAGAAAAGAUUACCGAACCCAAGACAUGAAUCUAACACGACUAAUUCAACAUCUACCAAAGAUUUUUCAGGUACUUCUAAUUCGUUUCAAAUUAGUUUAGAGAAACAUGAGAGUUUGGGUUUGGGUGGGAAGUUGGGUGUUCAACUUAGGUAUCAGAAUGCAAUGGCAAAUCAACAUCCAAUUAGUCAUUUGGAUCGAUCAUCAAGUUUGUCACCUUUAUCUAAUCAACGAUCAGAUGCUUUCGAACAUCAUACUCCGGAAGCUGGUCCAUCUGAUUAUUGGAAAAGAGAUCAUCAACAUAUCGGUCAACAAGAAAAGCUUGAUCGACAUCGAGAUCGGUAUAGGGAUUUAACUUCACCGGGAUCAAAUGUGAAUCUUUCGAAACGAAGCAAAAAGAAACAAACUCCAUCCCAUUCCCCGUCAUGGGAAUACCAAGUAACCGAACAACUUUUAAUCCAAAGCCAAAGCCAUACCCCAAGAAAAGACAAUCUGUCACCUAAAUCGUCACCUUACCAUAGUUUAAAAUCAGCUUUAUCAUUCGAAACCAGUCCAAGACUUUCACCUAGUCUUACCAUGCUUUCUAAUCGGAUCUUAUCAUCACCAGGAUCGAUUUCAGAAACGACAGAUACCAGACCGAUCUCAACACCUAGUAGGGUAGGUACGAUGGUCAGUAUUUUUUCGGAAUGGUCUCGUGGUAGACAAACUUCAAUGGGUUUGGAUCGUAGAAGAGGUAGUGAUCAACUCGAACCAAAUUCAAUACGUCUUUCUAGUUUGAGAUCUCAUGAAAUCCUUUCCAAUCGAUCUUCUUUGAAUGCUUUGGAUAUUCAAUUCGAUUCGAAUUGUAAAGAAACUUUGGUUUCCGUUGUUGGAUCUGAUGAGAGUGAAGAGAUUCAUUCGUCUAGAGCUUUUUUGAGUUCUGUGGGAUCUAAGGAAAGGGUUAACCAACGAUCUGUUACUCAACUUCGACGAGACGUUCAAAAAGAUUAUUUUAGUCGAAACGAGCAAGAAGAACAAGGACAACCUAAUGAUUUGACUCAUCAUGAUCAAGCAGGAUUACUUUUGAGCUUUUUACCUUCACCGUCAGAUCAAGGGUUUUCACCUCUUCCUUCUCUUUCGCCUGGAUUACAUUCUGAACCAGAUGAAGAAGAUGAAGAUCAAAGUUCUUCUCUUUCUUGGUAUGAUGCAACUGAUCAAGUGAAUAUCAUGGACAGUUUCUCUACUACGAAUCCGAUUGAAAGAUUAUCCGAUGAAUUGAAUGAACCUAAACCUAUCGGAUAUAAUCCAAGACAUUCUCAACCGACCCAAAGCCAAAUGAAGUGGAUCAAACCAGCUAAAUCGGCAGCAAUCGUGUACGAAACAAGUCAUCCGUCUGAAAGCUCACAUCAUCAUUUCUCAAGUUCUUUAAACCAAUAUCAAUUCUUUAAGACCACACCACUCUUGUUAGGUUCAAAUACGAUCUCAGUCGAUCAUAAGAAAACUUAUUCAACACCUUCGAUGAAGUUGAAUCAGUUUAAAUUAAAGUUACCGUUUCCGGUUGAGAAGAUUAAGUCUCAUGGAAUCUUUGGUGGGAAUGAUGAUCCGAAUUUCUUGAGCGGAUCUUCUUUGAAUAAAAAGGGAUGGAAGAAGAGUGGUUCGAGAAGUAGGGUUAAACGGGCGGUUUCGGAUCCUCAGGGAGUGGCUUGGUUGGGUUCGGAAGAUGGGAGCUUUGGAAACAGACGAUCUGAUAGGCAUGGCCAUCAACAACAUCCAAGGAAGGUGUUUUCUGGAGGGUUUGAGGGAUGGAAGUUUAGGGCUCCUUUGCGGAUCAGGGAUGAUGAAGAUGAUGAUCAGGAAGAAUUGAUGGAUGUGCAAGACUUGAUUGAACUAGAUCCGAUUCCUAAUCAACCUCAAGUUUCACAUCAAGAACAUCAGAAAGCUAACCAAACCGUUCGGUUGGAUAGAAAUCAUUCGAUGGAAAUUCGUAUUGAUAGUCAACCCAUCAGAGCUCAUCAAAGCAGAUCAUCAAUUUCGACUCCUACCAACUCUUCAAGGAUCUCAAAUCGGUUUGUGAAAUCGGUUGCAUUGGUCCCAUUUAAUGGAUGGUGUUUUGUUUUCGGAUUCGUUUUUUUUCCUGCUUGGUACCUUGGAAGUUUUUAUCCAAGACUAAAUUCAUUAUCUUCCUCAAAACCCAAUCCGAAGAGAGUUUCAUUAAACCUAAUUAGACCAUCAGUAGAACAAGAAGAAGAACCGGUUGGAGUUGGAAGAGGAGGUCCAUUAUCAGGAUGGCCACCUAGAAGAACCACCCCAUCUGAUUCGGAUAGAUCGGUUUCGGAUCUCACUAGAUGGUCUACGGGAGAAGAGAAUAGGGUACCGAACUUUGGAGAUCAGGAUGGGACGGAAAUGAGAAUGUUGGGUGGGUUUUGGAGUGAGGUCGUGCCUAGGAUCGAUGUGGAAGUUGCUUUGGCUAUGGAUGGUCCGGUUUGGGAGCUUGAACGUGCGGUACAUACUUGGAGGUUAAGGUGUAGGGUUAUGUCGGUUUUGUUUCCUUUGGUUUUUAUUCCUAGUUUGGUGGUUUCUGGAAUCAUGGUGAAGAAAAUGUGA